AUGAGUCAUCUCGAAAACGAUCCAUCUCUAAAGUCUUAUGCCGACAUCCACGGAGAAUGGGAACAUCGUGAAAUUUCAAUUUUUGGUGCAGUAAAGAGUUUCAUUUCACAGUUGGGUAUUGGUCAAGAACUAACAAAAGUUAGUAUGCCUUCAAUUUUUUUAAUGCCCUAUUCAAUUCUUGAACUUGCUGCCUCAAGAUAUUUGAAAUAUUUCCACUUAUUAUCUGGAGCUUUAUAUGAAACAGAUCCAUCAAGAAGAAUGGCAAUUGUCAUUCAAUAUUUCUUGUCGUGUAUUAGAGAUGGAAAUUUCACAAAGAAGCCAUAUAAUGCUUUGUUGGGUGAGAAUCACCAAUGUUUUGUUAGAUACCCAGCCUAUGAAGGUGAGGGAACCACUACAGCAAGAUUCAUUGCUGAACAAGUCUCUCAUCACCCACCCUUAUCAGCAUUCCACAUUUCAACAACCGACGGUAUUGCCAUGGAUUGCAAUGUUCAAUUCUCUGCAAAGUUUCACAUGAACUCUGUUUCUAUAGUAACUGCAGGUUCAAUUAUCAUUACAAUUCCAGUUAGAGAUGGUGACAAGACUAUCAACGAAUCUUAUAUAAUCGACAAGGGUCUUCCAGAUGCCCUCGUCAAAAAUGUUAUUUUUGGUACAAGAUCAAUCAAUUGGACAGACUCUGUCGAUAUCAUGUGUCAAACAUCAAACACCUCUGCCACCUUGCACUUUGACAAGAACGAAUUCGUAAAGGGUGACAUCUAUGUCUACAACGAGGAGGCACAAGAGGAGGAACAUCACGCUUAUCUAAAUGGUUACCUCUGUGGUGUUGUAAAUAUAGAUUAUCUCGAAGGAGAGAAAAUGAAAAAAUCCAAAAAGAAACAUUCUAAAUCACGUAAACAUCACUAUAAUCCAACAGAUACUGUUUUAAUUGAUACAGAGAAGUUAGAAGCAAAUCAAACACAGUAUCCAAGAACAAACGACCCAAUGUCAUCGUUGAACAUCUGGAAGGGCGUAACCAAACAUAUUAUUGAUGGUGAUAUGGCCGCUUCCGAUGUUGCAAAGAAAGAGAUUGAAGAUGAACAAAGAAAGAGAUUGAGAGCAACUAAAGAAGAUGAAAAGAAAGAUAGAGUUUACUUCCGAUUCGAUGAUUCCCUUGAAAGAUGGGUAUUUAAAGGGUUCCCCACUCCAAACUAA